AUGUCAGCGAGGGUAUCUCAAAGAAGAGACUUUAAUAUUGUCGUCUUAGGGGCUGGUGGCGUGGGCAAGAGCUGCCUUACUGCUCAAUUCGUCCAAAAUAUAUGGAUUGAGGCAUACGAUCCUACAAUUGAGGAUUCGUACCGGAAGCAAAUCGAUGUUGAUGGGCGACAAUGUAUGCUGGAGAUUCUUGAUACGGCUGGUACAGAGCAAUUCACUGCUAUGAGAGAACUAUAUAUGAAGACAGGCCAAGGCUUUCUUCUUGUGUUCUCGAUAACCAGUCAAAGCAGUCUCUACGAAUUACAAGAGCUCCGAGAGCAGAUUAUCCGGAUCAAAGACGACGACAAUGUUCCAAUCGUCAUUGUAGGCAACAAAUCGGAUCUCGAAGAAGACCGAGUGGUAAGCAGGUCUAAAGCAUUCGCUGUUUCGCAAAGUUGGGGAAAUGCGCCCUAUUAUGAAACAUCUGCGCGACGCCGAGCAAAUGUGGACGAGGUCUUUAUAGAUCUUUGCAGGCAGAUAAUCCGAAAAGACAAUUCAGGAUAUACGCCGCAUAGAUAUGAGGAGCCCGCUGUUGGGAUCGGUGAACGAAGAAAAACCGGCGCUCGACGGACUAGGAAGCGGAAAAAGGACUCUGGAGGAUGUACGAUCUUAUGA